UCAAUGCAUGAACGCAGAGAAGAGAAGCGAGAACUCAAAAAUUGGAGGAAGCAGCCAUCUAUCUCGUCGCCAUUUUCCAACGUCCAGUCAUCGUCGCCCUCCAUUCAUCACUGUUCUUCAACGUCCAGUCAUCGCCACCAUCCUCACUUCUACAAAAUCGUUGCAAGAAAUUUGUUCCGCCCUUGCUCACCAUGCUUUCGCCUCCUUUUCGGCCGAGCUUCCGCCUCUAUUUCACCGUGAUUCUGCAACUGUUUCGUCGAGGUUUUGUCGCUCUUCAGCCUUUGUUCCGCCAGGCUCCAGCUCUUGUCUCCAAUUAGAGCUGCUUAUCCCUCUGUUUCGCCAUCUCUCCAUUGCGUGUUGGAGCCUUUGUUCAGCCUCAGUUCCGCCGCUGUUCAACCCACGUUUAGCCUUCUCUGUCGCGUUUCAAAGCUUCAAUUCCCUUUCACUGUUCUGUUCAAAUUUCAGAACGUGCACCAACCUAAGCGUCGUCCCAUUGUUGGUUCUUAUACCACAAUAAUCAUGGAACAAAGUUGAACACUGAACGAAGUAGCUGAAAGUUUUUGAACAUUAGUUCUUUGUUCUUUGGUUUAGUAUUCUGCUG